GUCUUACUGCUGCAGCAUCUCUUGUAUCCCUGGCUUGGGCUUUGGCUUCCUACCAAAAGGCCCUCCGUGACUCCCGUGAUGACAAGAAACCCAUCAGUUACAUGGCUGUUAUAAUCCAGUUUUGCUGGCAUUUCUUCACAAUUGCAGCAAGGGUUAUCACUUUUGCUCUGUUUGCCUCGGUUUUCCAGCUGUACUUUGGGAUCUUCAUCGUGCUGCACUGGUGCAUCAUGACCUUCUGGAUCGUCCACUGCGAGACAGAGUUUUGCAUCACUAAAUGGGAGGAGAUAGUUUUCGACAUGGUUGUUGGGAUAAUCUAUAUCUUCAGCUGGUUCAAUGUCAAGGAAGGAAGGACACGCUGUAGGCUUUUCAUUUAUUAUUUUGUGAUCCUUUUAGAAAACACCGCCUUGAGCGCUCUCUGGUAUCUGUACAAGGCCCCACCCAUCUCUGAUGCAUUUGCCAUACCAGCACUCUGUGUAGUGUUCAGCAGCUUUUUAACAGGCAUUGUUUUUAUGCUCAUGUACUAUGCCUUCUUUCACCCCAACGGACCAAGGUUUGGGCAGUCGCCAAGCUGUGCUUGUGAGGCCCCUGCCACUGCCUUCAGCCUACCCCCAGAAGUGGCAACAAACACUCUACGGUCCAUCUCCAACAACCGGAGUGUCACGAGCGAGCGGGAUCAAAAAUUCGCAGAGAGGGAUGGGUGUGUGCCUGUCUUUCAGGUGAGACCCACUGCACCGUCCACACCUUCAUCCCGACCACCAAGGAUUGAGGAGUCUGUCAUUAAAAUCGAUCUGUUCAGGAACAGAUACCCAGCAUGGGAGAGACACGUGUUGGACAGGAGCCUGAGGAAGGCGAUCCUAGCGUUUGAAUGUUCCCCUGCUCCUCCACGGCUACAGUAUAAAGAUGAUGCUCUUAUCCAGGAGCGCUUGGAAUAUGAAACCACAUUGUAA